AAUAAUAAAAUAACAAAAAUGUGGUAGAGAGAGAAAAAUAUAGAGAUAGAGGAAGAUCAUUAUUUUCGCUGAUGAUGAAUGUCUGAAAAUUGAUGCAUUUCUGCGUAGUGUUGACGGUUUUCCAGCUUCGUUUUUCUGCUUCUUCAAGCAUCAAUUUUGAGGCUGGCUUCAGAGAAAAAGAGCUACCCAGUUUUGCUUUUGAGGGUUAUUCUUUCCCAUUUACAUUUUGGAAGAAUUACAAGGGCAUAAAAAGAUUUGUUCUUUUUUGAUUUUGCUUUUGUUUUAUGUAAAUUGUAAAUAAAUUUUGUUGAGAAUUUGUAUAGAAGUAUGAGUGUUGUUUCUGGGGUUAUAUCAAGGCAAGUUUUGCCAGCAUGUGAUAGUCUUUGUUUCUUCUGCCCUGCUCUGAGGACAAGGUCUAGGCAGCCUGUUAAGAGGUACAAGAAAUUGAUUGCUGAUAUCUUCCCCAAAACCCAGGAUGAAGGACCAAAUGAACGGAUGAUCGGAAAGCUUUGUGAAUAUGCCGCAAAAAAUCCGCUUCGUGUACCGAAGAUCACCAACAAUCUUGAGCAGAGGUGUUACAAAGAAUUACGAAAUCAGAAUAUCAAUGCUGUGAAAGUUGUUAUGUGUAUCUACAGAAGAUUAUUGGUCUCUUGUAAAGAUCAAAUGCCUUUGUUUGCGAGCAGUUUGCUAAGUAUCAUGCACAUUUUGCUUGAUCAAACGGGACAGGAUGAGUUGCGUACUAUAGGAUGCCAGACUCUUUUUGUUUUUGUAAAUAAUCAGAAAGAUGGGACUUAUAUCUUCAACUUAGAAGACUUUAUGCCAAAAAUUUGUCAGCUAGCACAAGAAGUUGGGGAGGAUGAGAGGGGAUUUCGUCUUCGAGCAGCUGGACUUCAGACUCUUUCGUCAAUGAUUUGGUUCAUGGGUGAACAUUCCCAUAUGCUAGCUGAAUUUGAUAAUGUUGUUUCAGUCGUCUUGGAAAACUAUCCUGAUCGUCAACAGAACACAGAGGACGAUGACAUGGGAAAGCAGGGAUGGGUGCAAGAAGUGCAAAAUGAAGCAGGUUAUGACGCAGCUUCAAAUGAUAUUUCAAGGAUUCCUACUUGGUCAGGGGUCAUAAAUUACAAGGGAGAAUUAAAUGUGACAGAGGAAGUUGCCCAGAACCCUGGUUUUUGGUCCAGGGUUUGUCUAUAUAACAUGGCUAAGCUGGGCAAGGAGGCGACUACCACAAGACGUGUUUUUGAAGCCUUGUUUCGUUAUUUUGACAAUGGAAGUCUGUGGUCUCCAAAAUAUGGGGUCGCUUGUCCCAUCUUGAAAGAUAUGCAGGCAGUGAUGGAAACAUUCGGUCAUAGCUCCCACUUCUUGUUGUCGAUACUGGUCAAGCAUUUGGAUCAUAAAAAUGUACUUAAACAACCUGAUAUGCAGUUAGACAUUAUUGAAGUAACCACAAUCCUGGCUGAGCAAGCAGAAGUCGAUCCUUCGGUUGCUUUGCUUGGUGCUAUAAGCGAUAUUAUGAGACAUCUCCGCAAAAGCAUACACAGCUCACUUGAUGAUUCCAACCUUGGUUCUGAAGUUAUCAAAUAUAACAGAAGAUUUAAAGAAUUAGUGGAUGAGUGCCUCGUGCAGAUAACCCAAAAAGCUGGAGACGCAGGUCCAAUACUUGAUAUUAUGGCUGUUAUGCUGGAAAACAUUUCAAAUGCUACAGUUAUUGCGAGGACUACAACUCAAGCAGUGUUCCGGACUGCACAAGCUAUUGCUCCCUUACCGAAUGUGUCAUAUCAGAACAAGGCAUUUCCAGAAGCUUUGUUUCAUCAGUUGCUACCGGCAAUGGUCCACAGAGAUCAUGAAACUAGAGUUGUGGCUCACCGUAUAUUCUCCGUUGUUCUUGUGCCAUCUUCGGUAGCUCCUCGUCAAAUUUCAGCUCUGCCGAUGUCCGGAAAGGCUGCUCAUAUUCCGAGGUCUCUUUCUAGAACUGUCUCGGUUUUUUCUUCCUCUGCUGCCUUGUUCGAGAAGUUACGCAAGGACAAAUCAGGUAGAAAAGCGAACAUUUCUCUUGAUGCCGGAAACAAUAAUGACGGGGUGCUCAAUCGGUUAAAGUCAGCCUAUAGCCGAGCACCUAGUCUCCGGAACCCAGUGCAUGUAGUACCAGCCGAGGGAAAUUCUCUGGGAAACUUGAACAAAGAAGUGGCAGGAAGUUCGCUCAGGCUGAGUAGCCGUCAGAUCAUUCUUGUUUUAUCAUCAAUUUGGGCUCAAUCAAUCUCUCCCGAAAAUACACCUGAGAAUUAUGAGGCAAUUGCUCAUACAUACAGCCUGGUUUUGCUGUUUUCUCGUGCAAAGAGUUCUAGCCAAGAGGCACUUGUUCGGAGCUUUCGGCUUUCGUUUUCCUUACGUGGCAUUUCCUUAGCAGAAGGAGGUCCCCUUCCACCAUCACGCUGCCGAUCACUCUUCACCUUGGCAACAGCAAUGAUCAUCUUUUCCGCAAAAGCUUACGAGAUCCAUUCUCUUGUCUCUUGUGCCAAGGCAACGCUUAACAAUAAAUUGUUCGAUCCAUUUUUAUGUUUGGUUGGAGAUAGCAAAUUGCAGGCUGUUAAUAAAAACGCUUCAAUACAAUUCGGGUCCAAAGAGGAUGAUAAUUCUGCUUCAAGAUAUCUAUCAGAAAUUACAAUCACCGAAGACCAAACCAGGGAAUCCUUUGCUUCCGAAAUUCUGAAAAGUCUCGUAAAGAUGAAGGAUGCUGAAAUGUGCACCGUAAAGGAGCAAUUGCUUAGUGAAUUUUUGCCGGACGAUGUGUGUCCUCUUGGCGCCCAGAUGUUUGAGAAUCCUUCUAAAAUAUACGAACUAGAUUCUCGGCAAAGUGUAUGCCAAGAUGAAACUAUUCCGUUCUUUAACAUUGAUGACGAUUCAAUGAUGGAUAAUAAGCCUAAGCCGGAGUUACUACUGACGGCAGAGAAUGCCACUUUCUUGAGUGUCAACCAACUUCUAGAAUCAGUCGUGGACACAGCUCAACAAGUGGGAAGAUACUCAGUUUCAACCGCCCCUGAUUUGCCUUACAAGGAAAUGGCCAGUCACUGUGAAGCUCUUUUGAUGGGUAAGCAGCAGAAGAUGUCGAAUUUAAUGACAGCACAACGGCAAGAUUACCUAAUCAGCUUAUGCGUAGAAAAAGAUGAGCUUGAACAGAAAAGGCCCGCACCUCAGUCACUGGCCGGAAAUCCUUUCCUCGAUGAAAACUUAGUAAUUCCCCUAUGCAAGACAUUGCCGCCAUUUAGUCCUCUACCCAUGCUAUGUGCCACCGAAUACCAGCAACAACCACAUUACUUCAAGCUUCCGACUUCAUGCCCUUACGACAACUUCUUAAAAGCUGCCGGUUGUUGAUCAUUAAUUAGUACGGCAUGUUUGAAAAUAUUGUAGAGAAGCCGUAUAUAUUUAUAUAUUUAUACAUACAUAUUAUCUGUAAGUGGUAUUGACAUCUUGGUCUGUCGCGUAUUAGGCAGGCGUUCUGCAAGCAAAGUAGCUUGAUUAUUUAUCGGCUACUCCUGAUGCCAGCUUGAAUAGUUGAUCCGAGAUUCCAAAAAUUGAUUUAAUUCAUUUUUUCUGGGUUGUCCAAUUUGUUCUUCAGGAAAUAAUGCAUAUAGGCUGUAUCUUCUGGGUUUUCUAAGUCAGUGUAGAUUAUACAGUACAGAUUGAGUUUCCAUUUGUAAUGAAGGAAAUUUUUUGUCAAUUUUUGUCCCCAAAUUCUUUUUGUGUAUUAAUUCGAGAAAUGUAAUUGUGUACAUUUGCUGAGUAUAGAUGAAAAAAAUUUUGUUUAGUGGCCCUUGC